CAGCGGCAGUCGGAUCAGAGACUCAGAGCUCGAGCAGCUCAAGUCUGAACGAAUUACGAGAGAGAGGAUCUGAUCAGAGCAGAGAGGGCAGCAGCACUAGCGUAGCUGGAUCGGCUGACUCUAUAUCUGCUGUUGCCGGGAGGUGAUGAGUGGAAUCGGGUCCCAACGGAUCAUCUCGACGUCACGUACUCGAAACCUCGCGGGGCCUCAGACGAAGCUGUAAUUAUCUCAGUUCCAUGGUUCUGGCUGCAUGCACUGAAUACUGACGAGCAAUUAUUGUUGCCCGCUCGGCUGCUCGACUCGUGCGAGCCGAGAGGUCGAUCGAUCAUUCGACCCAUCCCGAAAUAACAGCGAUACAGUCCAAGCCAGACAGAGCGUCAGCCAGACAGACAUACCCAAACCAGGUUCGUUUGGCCGUCCCGACGACAAAAGAGCAGACAACGAGAGCGAGAAAGAGCUCCACCGAGCGAUAGACGAGCUGAACUGAGCUGAGCUGACUUCUUCGAUUGAUCCCUGGAAUCAGUCGAGAGUUUGAGCGGUACCGUCCAAGUAGACAGGUAGACAGACGGACGGACAGAAUCAAACAAGGGGUGAUCGCUCGCUCGCUCGCUUGCUCAGACGACGAAGGAGAGCAGUGACCAGUUUCUGGACAAGUUUCUGGCGAGGUUGGGGUCGCGGGGGACAUAGAGUGUGUAGAAGCUCGGGCGUAGCCUUCGAGAAAAUUGGUUCGUCUGGUGCGGGGGAGUUCUUUCCUCGGGCUCGAGCUAUGGCUCCUCCACUGACAGCUUCGCCGACUAGAGACAGUCAGCUACUCUGCGGGCAUUCGAGCCAAUUCGGGUAGAGAGCGUGGGGUGGGAGUCUCCCGUGACCCAGGAACCGAGGGCCCUACUCCGUCGUCUGGUCCCCCGGCCGACAGCAUCGACCAAGGCAAUCCAAGCCGCGAAAGCAGCGAUCGUUCUGCAUUGGUGGCUUGCAGAUUGCUGGCAGGUUGGCUCUCCACUCGCGAGCCAACAGUGCUGCUGAGAUGUUUCCUCCAGCAUCGUCUGGUGGAAUUUGAUGCACUAAAUGAAUUUGUUUGAAACGGAGCUGGUGAUUUUCCAGCUGCGUGUUCCAGCACUCGGGCACUUACAUGGCGGGGUCUCUCGAAGAGCAGCAGCUGAACGUAGAGUGAAGAAUCAUCAGCAGGGCCAAAUGAUGUGAACGCGCGCAGAAAUCGAAUUCAGCUGUGGCGGGGGCGGGGGCGGGGGCGGGACGGGACUGGGCUGGGCUCGCAGUCCCACCGAUCAGAAAUGGAGGGAAGGUUGAGUACCAGUACACCGAUCACUACGAGCAGUGGGAGCAGUGGAAUAGGCUCCAUCAGCAGUCUGCAAAGCAGUGGGAUUCAGUCUGGCAAAAGCUCGCGGGGCUCUCCCUACAGGAAGGAGAGCGACCAAGACACUGAUCCGACUGGAACUGCUGCACCGACCGAAGCUGGUGGAGAUCGAAGCGUUCCUGAGAGCGAACCGUAUGAAAGGAAUCCGGACCUCCCUGCGCCGAUUCCUGAACCUGCAUUCCUCGUCCCCUACAGUAGGCUAUGGUCGUUCGCCACUCCCCUGGAUUUCGGCCUCGUUCUCGUCGGAACACUGGCUGCUGCGGCGAACGGUGCAGCUCUGCCCUUCAUCUUGUACCUGCUGGGUCGCCUCGUCGAUGCCCUGGGCUCCAACCAACAGGAUCUCGAGCAAGCGUAUCGAGAGAUAUGUCAGAUUGCGCUCAUUCUCGUCUACCUCGCAGCCAUCUCAGUCUGGAUAACAUGGCUAGAGGUAGCAUGCUGGAUGUACUCUGGAGAGCGACAGGCACAACAAAUCAGGACUCAUUACUUGAAAGCGCUGCUGUCCCAAGAUAUAGAAUUUUUCGACACGCAAACAACGACCGGAGACACACUGAGUAUUCUUUCCAACGACAUGCUCCAUGUCCAUGAAGCCGUAGGAGAGAAGGUGGGUAUCUUCAUCCACAAUCUGGCAACAUUUAUCGUGGGAAUCCUCGUAGCAUUUAUCCAAACCUGGCAGGUGGCUUUGCUCACAUUGGGCACGGUUCCUCUGAUGUUGGGAACAGGCGUCGUGUAUGGCAAAGUCUACACCAAGUUACUGGGCAAGACUCAAGCAUCGUAUGAAAAGGGUGGCUCCAUCGCUCAGGAGGCAUUUUCUCAAAUUCGAACGGUGUACUCGUUCGUGGGCGAAGGCCGCUCGAAUGCCGCAUUCAGGCGAGCACUGGAGGCGACGACGAAGCUCGGAUUCCUUUCCGGUCUCGUCAAGGGCAUUGGAGUGGGAAUGUCCCUGGGCAUCGUGAAUCUGUCAUGGGCCCUCCAGUUGUGGUUCGGAGGAAUUCUUGUACGAGACGGCAAAACCAAUGGCGGGGCAAUCAUCGGAGCAAUAUUCAAUGUGGUGUAUGGAGGAAUGGCUCUGGGCCAGGCCAUUCCCGAGAUUCAAGUCUUCACGCGAGGCCGAAUUGCAGCCUACAAGAUUUUCCAGGUCGUCGAUCGCCACACGGACUCCACGGAAGGCGAUGUCCUGCACGCCGUCAAAGGCACGAUCGAGUUCCGAAACGUGCACUUCACAUACCGAUCACGCCCGGAUCAUCCCGUCUUCGAGAAUCUGUCCUUCAAGAUCAGUGCCGGGGAAACGGUGGCCAUCGUUGGCAGCAGUGGAGCUGGCAAGAGCACAGUCCUCUCGCUCAUCGAGCGCUUUUACACUCCCAAGUCUGGAGAGGUGACUCUGGACGGGAGAAACAUCGACCAGCUGCAGCUGCACUGGCUCAGAAAGCAGAUCAGCCUGGUGGGACAAGAGCCUGUGCUCUUCGCUGGCACCAUCCGCCAGAACAUCCUCCAUGGUAAGCUCGACGCGACUGAGACUGAGGUGGAAACUGCCGCUAUGGCCGCCAACGCGCACUCCUUCAUCUGCAAGUUUCCGGGUGGCUAUGAAACACCGGUGGGCGAGAGGGGCCUGCAGCUGUCGGGAGGGCAGAAGCAGCGUCUGGCCAUAGCGAGGGCGAUCGUGAAGAAGCCAGCCAUUCUGCUUCUCGACGAGGCCACGAGUGCUCUCGACGUUCAAUCUGAGCUGCUGGUGCAACACGCACUUGAUUCUGUGAUGGAAGGUCGCACGACAGUCAUCGUCGCCCAUCGCCUGUCCUCCGUGAAGAACGCAGACAUGAUCCUCGUUCUGGACCGCGGCAAGCUGGUCGAGAGGGGAACUCACGCUGACCUUCUCCAGAGAGGCAGCCUCGGAGUCUAUGCCAACCUCGUUCGCCUUCAAGAGCGUCAAGAGACUCGGAGACGAGAUGAUACGGAAGCGAGGUCUGGGUUGGGAGGAGGCAAUUAUUCGCUGGGAAGCAGCCCCCCACGAAGCUUUCCACAGUCGCUGUGUGCAUCACCACUGCCGAGCCAUCUUCAGUCUCCAGUGACACCUCGAGGAUUGGAGUGGCAGAACACGUCGUCCCCAGCCUCACCGUACAUUCUCGAGCUGCCGCCGUCUCCAGCGUCGCCGUCGCAGUCCAAAUCCGCCAAGAGCAUGAGAAUCAUCGAGUACUUGCGCGAGAAGCCCGAGACGCCGUUCGCCAAGCGUUCGUCCAAGGUCAGCUACUGGAGCUUGUUCAAGUCCUUGGCUCCGGAGUUUGCAUCGUCGAGUCUGGGGACUUUGGGUGCCAUCGUCACAGGAUCCUUGAGUCCCCUGUUCACUCUCUUCCUCUUCGACAUCGUCGAGCUGUACUACACGCCGUCCACCCAAAAGACGAGAGACAAGAUUAACUUCUGGUGUUUGGUCAUCGCCGGCAUCGGAGUGGCCAGCAUCUGCUCCAACAUUGUACAGCACUUCUAUUUCAACAAGGCUGGCGAGCACGCCAGCAACUUGCUCCGUGUAAAGUUCUUCGAAGCCACCAUGAAAAAUGAGGUGGGAUGGUUCGACGCCGAAGAGAACUCGAGCCCGAUACUGGCGAACAAAAUGGCUUCGUGUGGCACGAUGGUGAAAGUCGCAAUAAGCGAUCGGGCGUCUUCCAUCUGUCAGUACUCUGUAUCUCUUCUGGUGGCAAUGGUUCUGGCCUUCGUGAUCGAGUGGAGAGUCGCUGUUGUGGUGAUCGUGCUCGUCCCUUUCACAAUGAUGGCCGGCUCACUGAGGAGCGGGUUUAUGAAGCAGGGCUUCGCAGGGGACCUGCAGAAGUCUCACGAGAAGGCGACUCAAGUGGCCGGAGAAGCAGUGUCCAACAUCAGGACGGUGGCAGCCUUCUGCAUGGAGGAGUACACUCUGAGGGUGUUCAGCCAGCACCUCAAGGCGCCCAUGAAGCAGAGCAUCGUUCGUGCGCAGAGAGGAGGCUUCUUAUUCGGGCUCUCUCAAGCGCUGAACAAUCUCGCCAACGCCAUGUCUAUUUGGUACAUCGCUCUGAUGGUCAAGAAUCGACAUGUUUCGUACAUUCCAGCUCUGAAAACCUAUCAAAUCCUGUCGUGGAUGGGGUGGCUGAUGGCCGAGGCCAUGAAGCUCUUUCCAGACUUGAACAAAGGUGUGGAAGCCACCAAGACUCUUCUCGACGUAACCAACCGCAGGUCGGAAAUUGACUCGGACGCCAUCGAUGGCCUCAAGCCUGUGCAUCUGAAAGGACGAAUUACAUUCCAGAACGUGAUGUUCUCUUACCCCACGAGGCCCACAGCGGUCGUCUUGAGUGACUUCGAUCUUACGAUUCCCGAGGGAGAAACCGUGGCCUUGGUCGGUCCUAGUGGAUCUGGCAAAAGCUCCAUAAUUGCUUUGAUGGAGAGGUUCUACGAUCCCACAGCAGGUAAGGUUUUAUUGGACGAGUUCGACAUCAAAACUUUGAACUUGAAAUGGCUCAGAUCUCGGAUAGGCCACGUGCAGCAGGAGCCUGCUCUGUUUGCCAUGUCCAUAAGAGAAAACAUUCAGUAUGGAAGAGAGAUUGCAAGCGAAGACGAAGUGGUGGAUGCUGCAAGAAAGGCCAACGCCCACGGGUUUAUCAGUGGGCUUCCUAAUGGCUACGACACACUAGUGGGAGAACGAGGAGUGCAACUCUCUGGGGGUCAGAAGCAGAGAAUAGCCAUUGCCAGAGCUAUCAUUCGGAAUCCCCAGAUUCUGCUGCUGGAUGAAGCAACCAGUGCACUGGACUCGCAGGCCGAGAAGGUGGUCCAGGAUACUCUGGACAGCAUCAUGCUGCAAGACAAUCGCACCACUGUGGUCAUUGCACAUCGCUUGUCAAGCGUCAGGCAUGCCGAUAGCAUAGGUUUUGUUUUGAACGGGCAGAUUAUCGAGAGAGGAAGUCACGCUACUCUGAUGAGAAGAAAUGGGGCCUACGCCAGACUAAUCAACCAACAAAACAUCCCAUCUUCGUUGUAGAGAAACGGUGCUAUUCUCGUCCGACUGAACGGGGUUACUACCCACUCAUCCGGCAGUAGGAGGAGCAGCUUACAGGAUGGAACACAGGACCGGAGAUAACCCUCGUUCGUGCACGAGAAUGCAAACCUUGUAGGCCACCCCAAGAAUGUCAGACUAGCUUUCUUGUAAAAAUUAGUAGCACGGCAUUUCAGCAGAGUAACGUAGCGGUAGAAAAGUGCCACUGAAAGUGGUGAAUAUUGUUUACUUUAUUCUUCUUAUUGGUGAAAUAGAUAUUCUUUCACUAUGGAGCCUGCGAGCGGUGAGUAUCUCACUAAUCUCAAAGCAGGACUUCACUGCAAACCGGCGUUCCUGAGAACCUGAUGUGUGCUGUCGAAAUUUUCGGUCAACGACAUUCACUGCCUUACAUUUUGCAAACUUCGA